AUGUCUUCGGGCCCUGAGCAACAAAAGCACGGAUUGAAAAUCGACGACACCACCCGGAAGCUGAAAAAGACCGAGAUUGACUUUAUGCGACUGAUCGAGCAGCAGAACUUACAGCGCGUUCAGAAGUUGCAGCGCCAGCGGAGGAACAACAAAAUCACGGCCCUCGCGCUCGGAGGAUCCGUGCUGGGAAUCUACCUCUACUCGAUGUACUCGGUGAAGCAGGAGCGAUUCCUGGACGAUUUCGAGGAACCGCUGAAGGUGGAAGUUCCGGACAAACAGUAG